AGAAUGAACUAGAAGUACCUAUCUCUCACUACGAAGUAAAAGGAUUGACACGACCGGACGAAUCAAAAGCGGGAGAAGAAGUAAUGUGCGAAGAGAUCCUGAGCCCUGCGGUAUACCUGACUACCUUGGAGGAAGUACCGACUCCAGAAGACGAGGAAGAACCUGCCCUCGAAGAACCCAAGUUGGACCUAGACAGUCUGACAAAAAAAGAACGGGUGGAAGUGAUAAAACUCUUUGAGACAAGGGAAGGGUUGUUUGCUAAGGAACUCGAUGAGCUUACCCAGACGGAUGAAAAAUAUCCUAAGAAAAAGGAAGAAACGUCGAGAUCAGGAGAGCUGUAUGGAAAAUCAGAGGAAAAGCAGACCCAAUCCAAACCCGACGAUUGA